UUUUAUUUUUACACCUGCAAUCAAUGUUUAUUUCAGUUUUAAUUUUAAGUUGGUCAAUUUAAACUUUAAAGUUUCCUAUUUAUUUAUUAAUUUAUGUCAUAAUUAUAAAUCCAAUAAAUUAUUUUGCAAAUUAUUUUUUUUGAUGAAUCAAAGCUCUUCCCUAACGUCGUCGUUAAAGUUUUCCAGAUGCUCAAAAAAACUAGUGACAAGGAUUUUUUUCUCUCUCUACGUGUGCCUCGUAAUGUUUGCCCUGUUCAAUUUCAAAGGAAGGGUUCAGAUCACCUACCCGAGUUACAUGUUUCAAAAGACUAAGUUCUUCUGCCAGAUUAAGGAAAAGUUAGGACCUGUGAAAUUGAAUAUGUAUUCAAAUGUGUCCCUCUUAAAGGUCAGAAUGAGGCACAAAGAUGUACUGCUAGGUGGUGAGUGGAAACCACCGUGUCGCUCGUGGCAGAAGUUGGCCAUCGUCGUUCCCUACCGGGAUCGCUACCACCACCUACUGCAGCUCCUCGACCGACUGCAUGCCAUGCUGAAGAAGCAACUCGUCCAUUAUAAGAUCUUUGUGGUCGAACAGUCAGGCAAGGACAAAUUCAAUAAGGGUCGUUUGUUGAAUGUGGGAGUGGUGGAAGCAUUGAAGGAUCAACCGUUCGAUUGUUUCGUCUUUCAUGAUGUUGAUCUGUUACCUGAAGAUGAUAGGAACAUUUAUCAUUGCAACGAAAAUGUUCACCACGCUAUAUCGGCUCUGGACGAGAUGAGAUACCAUUUGCUUUACUACAACAACUUGGGGGGCGUGGUCAUCAUUAGCAAGGACAACGUCUUCAGAGCCAACGGCCACUCCAACAGUUACUGGGGGUGGGGCAAUGAAGAUGAUGACUUCAAUGCCAGGACCAUGGAGAUCGGGCUGAUGUUGACUAGACCUCCGGAGAACAUUGGAAGGUUCAAGAUGGUGCGACAUGCUAAGUUGUGGCGGGAAAGUCAUGGCUAUGAGCUAUUUUUAACUUGGAAAUCCCGCUGGAUGAGUGAUGGAUUGAAACAGCUGAAUGAGAGCAUGUACAAGGUCGUCUCAGUAACUGUCAAUCAACUCUACACCAAUGUCACGGUCGAUUUUGGACCUGCCCCUCUUCAAAUGACCACCCCUGGCCCCAAGGACACGCGAGUUUCAUACUUUUGGUUCCUUAACUUUUAUUUCCCGUAAAAUAUUCCACGACGAAACCAAAUGAUCAUUAUUUUUUGCUGACUGACUGGUAAUAAUUUUACUAAAGCAUGACAGCAACAACAACAGCAUCAAUGCGCAUUACCAUCUCAAGUUUUGAUCAUUUUGAUGAAUGUAUUUUAUUUUUUUCUAAAUCAUUCUUUUCAGGAUGUUAUUUUAUUUUAUUUUUUAAGCAUUAGUGACAUUUUACAUAUUAUUUACUGCUUCAUUCAGAUUUAUCACUGUUUACUAGGCUGCUGGCUUAUCAUUAAAAUAUUUUUAGAAAAUCAUUUUUUUUAUUUUUCCGGUAUUAGUUAAUUUCCGUUAGCAUUUUUUGAUUUUAUCCGAAAAAUAUUUUAUAAUAUUUUUACUUUUUCUUGUAUUUACUAACUAACUUAUUCAGUAAACUGAUAUCAGUCUUGUAAUCUCACUCAUACAUUCCAUAGUUAUUGCUAUCAUUUUUUGAUAUUUCUCUGGUUGUCGUCGUUAUCUGAUGUGUGAUAUUUUACAUUGCUUGGUAUAUUUUUAUAUAUGUUAGAUUGUUAGGUAUAUGUUGUUUUUUUUAUGAAAAAAGAUAAUAUCAAUACUUUAUAUAUAUAUAAAUAAAAUUAUUUCAAAAUGGAUCAGUUGGUUUGGUUGGUAAUAUUUUAAAUUUUCAAUAUCAUAUUUUUCAGAAUUUUCCUAGCGUAAAUUUAUUUUUGAAGAAUUUGUUAUUAAUUACAAUAAAUUUACGGGACCUAUAUGUCUUUCAUUCAUAUAAAUUUAAUUAAACUUGAAAA